UAUAUCUGCUCUAUAUAAUAGUAUCUGUAUGGUAUUGAACACUCUCUGGUAUUUCGUAAACCAAACGACAUUCAUAUUUAUAUAUACACGCACAACUUUUAGAAUUGAAAGUAGGUGUCUGUUCAAAUAAAAAUUAAUUACUCAGCCUCAAGUCUCAACCAAAGCAGGUUCAGUUGUGUUACUGGAGCUGAUUUUCCGGGUCGAGGAUUUUUCACUGUUGAUUGCACUAAAGCUAGCUGGUGCAAUCAGACUGAAUUUGAUUCAGUCGCCCAAAAGAAAAUAUUUGCGAUUCACGGCGCAAAUCAUGAACAUGUAAACUUACACCAGGAGACAGCAUCGUGCACAGGAGGAAAUAUUAUAUAUUUACGUCUAUUUGUUCACUUUUGUCUUGCGAUAUUGAUAUAAAGAUAUCAUAACAUAGUCAUUACACAAACACCUGUACAUUCAUCAAUACCAUAGAUACUUUCUCACAAGGCUGGAAUUCUAGAAGCGUUGCUUAGUUUGAGCCAUUGUCAUUGCAAUUCAUUUAAUUCGACUAGUUUUCUUGAAAAGAGUCAGCAACGGGUGAUUAAAGUCAGCGAAAAAAUCCUUAUCAUGCAGUUCUAAAUAGCUCAUUGGGAAAAAUCAGUCGAAGAUGUACGAUGAUCCUUUAUUUAUUGCUUUAGGCAGGGUUUUAUUUCUGAGACGGCAAUUCAUCAAUCGACUGGAGCUUUAAAGAUAUACGAUAAUGGCAUAUUUUAUUACGACACUUGCACUUGUGAUAACUUUGACAUUAAAUGUGGAAGCAGCUCUAAGUGGGGUAAAGGUAGCCGCAUUCAACGUGCAGGUUUUUGGACAGACAAAGAUUUCUAAGAAUAAUGUUACUGAUAUUCUUGUCAAGAUUAUCAGCAGCUAUGAUAUUAUAUUGAUUCAAGAAAUAAGAGAUAAAAAAGAUGCAAUGGAAAGACUUUUGAAAAGUGUUAACAUCAGGAUUGCAAACAGUUCCAACCAGUAUGAAAUGAUAAUUAGUGGAAGAUUGGGUCGAUCUGCAAGCAAAGAACAAUAUGCAUUUUUAUACAGGAAAAAUGUUGCAACGGUGAAGAGAAAUUAUACUUACAACGACAAGAAUGAUGAUUUUGAAAGAGAGCCUUUUGUUGUCUAUUUUAAUGUUCCUUCUGCAGCGGUAACCGACAUGGUGUUCAUCGCUCUACACACGAAGCCAGAUGACGCAGUGAAUGAAAUUGACAAACUGGUUGACGUUUAUGAAGAUGCAGUUAAAAAAUGGAAUAUUGGCGACGUCGUUAUCAUGGGUGAUCUGAACGCAGCAUGUGAUUAUGUUGGCGAUUCAGACUGGGCAAAUAUACGUUUAGCGACUGAUAAACGAUUUUGGUGGUUAAUUGAUGACUGUGAGGAUACGUCAGUACAAGGUUCAAGAUGCGCCUAUGACAGAUUUGUUGCAACUGGAAAUAAUUUACUCAAGAGUAUCGUCGCCGAAAGUCCAGGAUUAUUCAAUUUCAAAGUAGCUUAUAAUUUGAAUAUGCAAGAGGCAGCAGAUGUGAGUGACCAUUUUCCCAUUGAAUUUGAACUUAAACAAAAAGGCUGGAAGGAUCAGGAAACCAUUGACUACAUUCUCAGCAGUGAACUGUCGAAUGGUGGAAAAGCGAAAGUUAAAGCUGUCCUUCGUAAAAAUAGGAGAAAGCUGAUCCCCACCUCCUAUAAAAAAACUGGCGGUAUGGCUGAAAUUAUGUUUCAAACAACAGAGAACAGCAUCGAAUCCACACUAACCCAUGUUAAAAUGCAUAAACAGCGUUUUGGCAAUAUUAUGGGAGAUAUUCGCACUGACCAUGUGGAAAAGUACUUGAUGAGGCUCCAAUCUUGGGCAAACAAAUACCCUUAUCAAGCGUUCAAAGAAUAUAGAAAUAUCGUUGAUGUUAAAAUUGGUGUUAAAUUGAUAUGGAACAUAGAAAAAACACCGGCUACUUGCCAGUUGGUGAUUUCAAAGUAUAUUUAAGAACCCUAAAUAAGAAAUAGAGUUACCUUAGCAAUGCAUGAUGGGGAUCAUUCUCUGGUAUACUUAUUGGAAUAUACAUGAAAGUUGUAAGUUAAAUAUCAUCUUACAAUAAAACAUAUUGUCAGACGGGGAAAAAAGCAAUCUUGCAGUGUGAACUCAUAUAAAAAAAUACGGAAUUAAUGCAAACUGUUUAGU